AUGCCAACAGCUCAAACCCAACCUUCGCUCACAGGCACAAACAUCCUUCUCAUCCUCCUCCUCAUCGUAGCCUUCUUCCCCAACGUCUUCCACUACAUCUGGACGCUGCCCUUUGCACUGCUCGGCAGCUCGCCCCUGCUACCGUCGCCGUCGUCGUCUCCGCACUACAGCUCCCCGCCGUCCGCCGAGAUGAGCUGGUUCCAGAAGCAGUUCACCCUGCCCGCGCGCUCCCGCGGGUCCUACCUGGUCACCGACCACGUGCUCAAGGAGCUCCCCGAGAUCAGGAACUACAAGGUGGGCCUGCUGAACCUCUUCGUCCAGCACACCAGCUGCGCCCUCAGCCUCAACGAGAACUGGGACGAGGAUGUGCGCGCCGAUAUGAGCGACGCACUCGACCGCAUCGCCCCUGACGCCGGCCCCAAGGGCGAGGAGCUCUACAGGCACAGUGCCGAGGGCCCGGACGACAUGCCUGCACAUAUCAAGAGUGCUCUUAUUGGCGCUAGUGUCACGAUCCCCAUCAAGGAUGGAAAACUAGCGACAGGGACCUGGCAAGGCAUCUGGUAUCUCGAGUUUCGCGCAUACAAGCAUACUCGCAAGGUCAUGGCGACCAUCCAGGGCGAGAAAGCCUGA